GUGUGGCGGUUAUGGUCAGCCGGGGCAGCGGGGGCGGGCAGGAACGGAAGGAAGGGCAGCAACGGAGGGAAGGGCAGCAUAUGCUGCUGGUCGAGGGGUCAAAGGACGAGGAAGGCGUGAGGAUGACUCGGGCCCUGAAGUCAGCUGGGGGGCUGAGACCGCCUGAGGGGCUCAGGCCAUCUCUCCCCCAGCUGGACUUAUCCCUAGCAAUGUCGCAUGGGCAGGGGGUAGGACUGGGGGGUCUGCAUGGCGUGGAAGAGGAUGGGGAUGGGACUUGCGAGGGAUGGAGGUGGGGGAUUCGGUGUGGGGGGAGGUAGGCACAGGGGCACUGCCCCAGCAGCACCAGCAGCAGCACCAGCAGCAGCAGCAGCAGCAGUUUGUGAGAGGUGGUGUGAGCAACAGUAACGCCAUUUCGGAGGAGAGGAUAAGAGAUUUCCUGCAGGAGAAGGCGGAGGGGCUGCAGCAGCUGCAGACGCCUCUGAUGGCCGAAACAGAGGCACCCAGACAGGCCUCCGACAUGCCACAUGGCGCUUCAGGGUUGGCCGGUUCUAGUGCAGAAGCGGAGCCCUCAUGUGGUCCGUUUGAGGAAAGAGAGGAGGCAAAUGGGGCUCAGGUAGAGAAGCAAGCAGCACGUGUAGGGGACGGUACACGCAGGGUGGCUUCUCCAUCCAACCAAAAGCAGACAGGGGUAGGGACAGGGGUAGGACAGACCAUCCCAGGUCAGGGGCAGGGGCAGGGGCAGGGACAAGCACCUGUAAGUAGCCGGCCGGCCGGGCUGACUCCCUCUCCACGCCGCCAUCGGGAGUCGUCUCCUGCCCGGCGAAAGAGAAUACUCAAAGAGAGCUUUGCUCUUCCCCGGGACCUGUCCCCUUCAGCCCGCCUGCAGCCACAAGCACCAGCAGCAGCAGCAGCAGCAGCGGCGCCAGCAGUGGCUCCAGCAGCUGCAGCACCAGCAGUGGCUUUCUCCUCCCCCUCCACUGCCACUCAGAGCCCCUCUGUCUCCCUCCCUUCCCCCUCCCUCCCUCCCCUCCCGCCGCUCCGCCUCCCCCUCAUCCUCCUCCUCCACUGCCCGCAGAUCCCACCACCUCCCUUCCCGGAUCACGCACUCCAUCAGCCAAUCAGCUAUCUCCAACCCUGGGCCAGUCACGUCACCAUCCUACCAGAGCUUUGAAGGCUCGCUAGCAGGGAAACCGGGAGAAGCAGCAGUACGGGGGGCUGGGAGUGGGGGCAGGGGAGGGGAAGGGGGGACUGGGCGGGCACCUACUCUUUCGCCUCGCCCGCCCGGGAUUGUCAGUAGCAAGUCGGGCAGCUGGGUGAACAGCAGUGAAGGCGACUUUUCCGGGCGGCAGCACGCGGGCAGCUUUGAGAGUUUCGGGCAGGAGGGGAGGAUUGUGAGACAGGGGA